UUGAACAACACAUUAAGGAAAUAGAGAAAACAGCAGAUUUCUAUAAACUUCAGUUGCAAGAAGAAAAAAGGGAAAUAGAAGACACACAGAAAAAAUUCUCAAAUUUAUUACAUGCUUUUGCUAGAAAGGAUUUAUCAUAUGGACAAUCAGAUCCCAUGAAAUUUUCAGACCCUCAAAAUAGUUUACUUAGUACUUUAUUCAAAGAUGAUUUACCUAGUGGAAUUAUUUUCAAUGACGAUCAAGAAAAGAAAAGGAAACAACUUGCUGCUGAACGAAGAGCAGAGUAUAAUGCAUUUUUAGAAAAGAAAGAAUUUGAAUCAUUAACAAAAAGAAAAGUACUUGAUGAGAAGAGAAGUGUUACUCCCAAAUCAAUCCUGGAUUCAGUAGAUUAUGAACAAGUUUUAGCCAAAAGGAAAGAAGAAGAAAUAAAAUUCAGGAAUUUAAAUCAUGCUGAGCCUCUGUUGGAAGAAAAUAUUAGAAGAAAUGUUAUGUCCACUGUUGGUGACACUUUAAGUGAAUCUUCUAAAACGUUUCAAAGAAAUCUCAGCAGUGCUGGAAGACUUAAAAGUUUGGAAAAUAAUCGAAAUUUUGAUGUUGUACAACAUCAUGAUGUUCCUGAAAAUGAUUUUACUUCUAGGCAUGAUGUGAAUAGCUUGCAGCAUCCUUCCAUAAGAAGAACAGGUGGUGGUGGAGAGCCUGUGAGGGAUUCAUUUGGGAAUUUGAUUACUGCCAGAGGUUUCAACAGUGCAUCUCAGGGCUCUGCAAGUAUUCUAUCUUUUCCAUCAUUUGACAAUCAGGCAUCAAAAGACAGAAGAGCUUUUUACAGAGAAGAAUUGCGUAAACAAAUAGAAGAAAAGAAGAGAUUAGAAGCUUUGGAAAAACAACGUGCACGUGAGCUUGAAGAAAAGAUAGCUCAGAAAAUUGAGGAGGACAGACUACGUAUGCUGAGAGAAUAUGAAAAGGAAAUGAAGAAAAAUAACAAAAUAGAAGAAGAAUUUCGUCGUCAGCAAGAAAGGCUUCAAAUGUUGGAAGAAUUUCAAAGAAAAGAUGCUGAAAUGCGUAAGAAAAAAUUUUCAGAACCAAAAGAAUCAAGAAAAGAGAUAGUAAAUGAAGAGAAAAAAAGAAGUAAUUCUCCUCCAGUACCCGCCGUUCGAACUAAAGAGUUACUAGAAAAAGCCGUUUCUCCUACUGCAGUAGUAACUUCACCUUUAACUGAAGUUAAACCUGGAAAUGUGUAUAGUUGUUUAGCUGAAAUAAGGCGCUCUAUAAUGCAAGAUCAGCAAAAGUUAAAGAAAGAUUUCAAGAAUUCCUAUGAAGUAAUGGAUCGCCGAACAGUACAAGAUCUCUAUGAUGAUGAGGAAUAAUACUGAGAGAAAUUUAGAGCUGCAAAGAAUCCAGGAUUUAAAAGAAAAGAGUAAAGAAAUAAACUAUACAUAAGGAAAAUUAAAUCAUCAAAUUUUAUAUCAAUAUUUUGUGUGGAGAUACUUUUGCUCAAUCUAUAGUUUGCUCAAAACUCUUUUUUGUGUGAAUUUUAUCCUCAGAAAGCUCUCACAUAUUAACAAGUGGAAAAUUGCUUGAAUAUGUGAUAUGUAAUAUAUUCAUAUCUAUACUAGGAUAUUUCUGAUCAAAAGGAAAUACCUUUUAUUCCGUUUGGAGAUGCCAAAAAUAAGUUACAUUUUUAACUGAAAAUAACCAGAUUUAAUUAGCAAAUAAACUUAUUAUUCUGGCAGAUGGCUUAUGAUAUAUUAUUUAUUUAUUAGAUAUAGUAAUUUGUUUCCUUCAUUAUGUAUCUUAUUUUAGAUAUGGUGUGUUUUAAUUUAGAUUUAUGCAUAUGUUAAUAAAAAAGUUGUUACUAUGCAAAUUUUUACUUUUUAAUGGGAAGUAACUGCUGUUUUUAAACUAACAAAUUCUGAAACUACUUUUAUGCAGGUACACCUAAAAAUUGUGUUUGAUUUGUGUAUUUUCAAAGCUUUUUAUAUAAGUUACAUAAAAAAUUGAAUAUAUUUUUUUAAAUACCGUAUUUACGCGAAUCUAAUGCGUAUCGUUUUUGGCCAAAUGUAGUAUUCAAAAUUGGGGUGCGCAUUAGAUUCGCAUAAAUACGGUAAGUUUCAGACAACUUACCGUAUUGCUAAUGCGACAUCGAAUCUAAUGCGCACCCCAAUUUUGAAUACUACAUUUGGCCAAAAACGAUGCGCAUUAGAUUCGCGUAAAUACGGUAUGUUAUACUAAAGUAUUUUAACCAUACCUUCUCUAUAGAAGAUGUAUAAAUACUGUAUACUUUGUUAAAGUUUCUUUUGGCAUCUUUUUUCAGAUACUAAUUUGUGAAUAAUCUAUCGUGCUAAUUUAAAUGACAUUGGAUUUCUGUAACUUUAUAAAAUAUAAUUGGUAUUGAUGCAUGAAAUAAAGCACUAAUCAAAAGCGAAAUUUGAAUUUCUUGAUUUUAUAUAUAAAGCAUGAUUAUUUUAGGUGAAUGCUUUAUAUAUAAAAUCAAGAAAUUCAAAUUUCAGUUUGCUAUGUAUUUACUUUGUAUUUAAAAGAGUUUUUAAAAUUCUUAACGUUUUAACUAUUUAAUAAUAAUUAUUAUUUUAAUU